UUUAUUUGAUAGAGAAAUUUAAAUAUAAUCCUUUCAAAAUGUGAAAUUGAACAAACAGAUCGAGGGUACUCUAUUAUUGGAUGGAGAAUAAUUUUGCCGAAGUUGUGCAAGACCUGCGUCAUUCUCAUGCCCAUAUAAAGGUGCACCGGUUAAUGUGCACAGAGCUUAUGAAAUAUGUUGAUAGAAUCUCACAAAUAUUUCCCGAUAUAGAAUCUGCUCGACCACGAUGCACAGAGGGAAUACAAGCGCUGUGCUCGGCAAACCUUGCAAUAGAGAAAGCCAAAUCGCUGAUUCAAUAUUGUGCAGAAAGUAGCAAACUCUACUUGGCAAUCACAGGAGCGGCAAUAUUGUCAAGAUGUGAAAAAAUACGCAAGGCGUUGGAGUUAAGUUUAACUCAAAUUCAGAAUAUGGUUCCCCUGGUGUUAGCAAGGCAGAUAUCUGGAAUUGUUGAAGAUCUUAGGGAUGCAAAAUUUCUCAUGGAACCUUACGAAGGAGAGGCUGGGAAGGUUUUGCUAGCUUUGCUUCGGCGGGGCCCAUCUGCAUCAGAUUCCAUAGAAACUUCUGAAUUUGAGGCAUUUCAACUUGCAGCUGUAAGGCUGCAGCUUACAUCCUCAAAGGCUCUCUUGAUAGAGAAAAGAUCUAUUAAAAAUCUACUUGGUAAAGACCACGAGAUUGACCAUAAAAAGGAAACUAUCCUGAAGUACCUUCUUUAUCUUUUAAGGAAGUAUGGAAAAUCGGUUCGAUAUGAACAAAAAGAUGGAGCUAUUGUUCAGCAUGAGGGUUCACAUACAAACACUAAACCUGCAUGUAAUAGUGCUUUAUGUGACGAGGCUAUUGAACUGGAACUACAUGUUCAAUAUGGGUUUGAAGAGGCUCAAACUGAUGCAUGUAGGACAUCUAUACCUCCUGAGGAAUUCAUAUGCCCAAUUUCUUUGAGACUUAUGUAUGAUCCUGUUGUCAUUUCUUCUGGUCAAACAUUUGAGAGGGUGUGGAUUGAGAAGUGGUUCAAUGAGGGUCAUGAUACAUGUCCAAAGACCCAGGAGAAGCUUUCCCAUUUGUCAAUGACACCAAACUCUGCCAUGAAGGACCUCAUUUCCAAGUGGUCUAGGAGGCAUGGGAUCCCUAUUCCUGACCAAUGUUCACAGUCAAAUGCUGGAGCACUUGGGUCAUGGAAAUCUUUGUCUUGCAGUUCCAUUGCUAGCUUUGGAAGCUCUCUAAAUGAUUUGCCUAUUCAAAUUGAUGUCAGCAGCGUAUCGCUUGAUUCUUUGGAUUCUAGUUAUGGUUCUGAUUCAUCGCUUGUUAAGAUUGUAGAUGCCUUGAGUUUGGUACCCUCUCAGAUGAAUAGUGAUUCACAUGGAUGUCAAUAUUUUGCAAAUUCCAGCCGUUGGAUGAGUUCAGGUUUUCUCUCUAAACUUGCUGAACUUCCAUGGGAAUCACAAUGCGAAGUGGUGGAAGAUGUUAAAAACCAUUUGAAGGAAGAUGAUCAAUCAUGUUACUCUUUGUCCUCCGAUUCCUCUGUCCGAUCAUUGAUUAGAUUUAUGGAGGAUGCAUGCAGCCGGUAUGAUGUAAAAGCACUGAGAGAUGGAGCUCAAGUGCUUUUGCCCUUGGUUAGCAAGUGCAGAAGUGAAGUACCAUCAUUGAGAGAAGAUGUGUUUCAUCUGUUGGCAUCAUUUAUUGAUUCCGAAAUCACUGGCGAGGCUCUUUCCAUCCUUGAAGUCCUAUCGGGCCACCAAUAUUGUCAAUCCAAGACAUUGGCAUCUGGUUCUAUUCUCUCCAUCCUAAAGAUCCUUGACACCCAAAUCAGUGAUUUCCAGCUGUCUGCUGUUAAAAUACUAUAUAAUUUGUCAUUGAACAGAGACAUUGGGUUCCAUAUUCAAUCAUUGGGGUGCAUCACGAAGCUUCUUCCUCUCUUGGGUGAUAGCUCACUUGCAGGAUAUUCCAUAAAAAUCAUCAAAAACUUAUGCAACAUUGCAGAGGGAAGGGUUGCCAUAGCUGAAACUAAUGGAUGUAUAGCUUCCAUUGCAGAACUACUUGAAACUGGCUCUCAUGAAGAACAAGAACAUGGAGUGGCUGUUCUCCUUUCUUUAUGUUUGCUAUGUAAUGAAUAUUGUCAGUUGGUUCUGAAUGAGGGUAUUGUCCCACCUCUAGUCAAUAUCUCUGUCAAUGGCAAUGCCAGAGGGAAGGAGAGUGCAAUGAAAUUACUUCAGCUCUUGAGGGAUAUCAGAUACAGUGAUUCUCUAGAUAAUUCACUUCCUCACCCUAGAGCCAAUCUUGAACUUUCACUGGAUAGCAACUGUUCUAAAGAAAAGAAACCAUCUUACAAGGCUUCUGGAUUUUUUGGAAGGAAAUUGAAACUAUUGUCAAAACCCAGAUCUUUAGCUCUUUUCUGAGCUACUGGUGACUGAAUGGUCUUGUAUUGUGUAAUAGAUCAAACAACUAGGUAUGAUUUCCUGUACAGAAUUCAACUAGCUUAUCUGGUUUUCCAGAGGAGGCU